GUGCAAGUGGUAUUCCUCUUCAUCCUGGUAGUCUGAUGGCUCGACUUUGUUGCCUUCCAUCACCAUCUCUCAAUCAACAUGUCAGACGACGGGUCCAAACACAUCGCUUGCGAUCGUUGUCACAAACGCAAAGCACGCUGUGACAAACUUCAGCCGGCAUGUUCAUCAUGUGUCAAGGCCGAUACACCAUGCGUAUACACUACUCGCGAUCCUGCGAUUCGACGCCAGGAUAUGGAAAAGCUUGAAAGAAGAUUGCGCCAGAUGGAGGCCAAGAAUGAGGCCUUGACCAGUCAAUUGAGAGAAGCCAACCACCGCGCAAGUCUCAAUACUUCAACUGCAAACGGACGCCCACAUUCAACCAGUCAAUCGUCCACAACGGAAUUUGCAAAUAACAACCACAAUUCAAACAACAACGAGGUCGCCAGUCAAGUCUCAUUCCUCAGCUUGAGUGCUGGCGGAGAACGGCAGUUUUUGGGCUCAGCUAGUGGCCUACUUCUUGCCAGUCUUCUCCAAGCUGACAAUCGAGCAAAAGGCCGUGGUGUCCAAGACGAUGAUCACUACAAUGCAGCACGCAGAUUCAGUUCCGUUGCUCGUGCCGGCACCCUCACUCCAGAUGUCUCCGCUUUACCUCCAAGCAUGCUGGCAAGGAGUCUGGUCUCAGCAUACCUAGCACAUGACCACCUAUCCUACCCAUUUCUACACGCCGGCAAACUACUUCAAACCCUCGAGGCAGUCUACAACGACGAUGAUUUCUACAGGAGACAGCCAGUCGAAGCCUUUACUUUAGACAUGGUCCUCGCCAUUGCCACUGCUCAAGUCUCGAAGUUCGACUGGCAAGUGAUGCCUGAUGCUGAAACUCAUCACGAUCGUGCCAUGAGUAGAUUGGGACCUGUUCUCGGGAAGGGGGGCUUGGAUGCGCUCCAAGCUAUCCUCUUGAUCUGUCACUAUAGGGUUGGAAGCGGUCUUUACGAUGCAUCUGCUAGCUUAUGGCAUCUGGUCGGCAUUGCCGCAAGAAUGUGCUUCGAACUUGGAUUGCACCGGGAGUCUGUCUACUACGCCCCCGAAGAAGGCGCAACCGGUCCCGAUGAAGCUGCACUGGAAAUGUCAGAGGUGAAACGGAGAUGCUUUUGGUGCGUGGUGGCCAUGGACCGAGUCACAAGUAUCACGCUAGGACGGCCACUCGCCAUCCAUCUGGAAGACUUUGACACGGAGCUACCUCGUGCCGAAGCACAUAUUGUUGUAAGCCCGGACAACAAUCUGUCUCCCACCGAACCCAUUGGAAGCCCUCCUUGGCAGCUACGCACCGCCAUCUUCGUUCACAUUGUGCGCUACCGGCUGAUCUGUGGCAAAAUCCUGAGUUCAUUGCACAAUGUUAUCAAGUCGAGAAUGACAGCAACAUUUGACUAUGAAGCGGUGCGCCGUCAACUCACGGAAGAGCUUGAGGCCUGGCGUUCAGACAUCCUUGGCUUGCCUUUGGGCGCAUUUCCGAGCGACUCGGAUAGAUCAAGCUUUAGGUCUCGGGAAUGGUAUGACCUCUUGUACCAGAACGGGAUCUUGAUGCUUUACCGGCCAUCACCCUCCCUGCACGAGGUCUCUCAGAACAAUCAAACUCUUCAAAGGAUCUUCGAGGCAGCCCAAAAAUCCAUCAGCAUCUAUGCAUAUCUCCACAAAUCGCGUCGCAUCAACUAUUCAUGUAUCACACUCCACGGCGUCUUCAUUGCCGGACUAUCGUACAUCUACGCAGUACGAUCACACUUCCAAAACCGGCGCCGGCACUUGCGCGGAACGAUCGAUCAUCAGUCACAUGCUUGUUUGGCGACGGAUCCGACUAUCAAUCAGAUAGUCAACACCACUCGAGAUUGCUCCAACGUCCUCGUGGCAGUAUCCGAGCGCUGGAGUACAGCUCGCAAUGCUCACCAAGUCUAUGGGCGCCUGAGUGACGCUCUACUAACUGAUGUGAUCGAGUUCCAAGCACAGUCACGCAAUGCGUUCCCUGCCACCACUCAGUAUGCUGUACCGACCCAACCCAUGUCAGGCAUGAAUAUGACUCCUGCAAUGCAGCCACAGCAAUCAUUCCCUUCGAUGACUCCAAAUGACAUCGACUUUAGCUAUCAAGAAUGCUUUGAUGACCUACAGAAUCUGUACACAAGUUAUGAUUUCGGAAAUGUCUCCAUGAUGCAGGUGUCACAGGAUUGGCUGUACGAGAUUCAAUCCCUGGACCAGAGUUUUCCAGGCCUAGCACAUUGAACUGUCGAAGGCUCGGCUUCCCACAGCAACUGUAAUGCUUAUGUGGCCAAGUACGCCUCAGCCUCCCCCCGACCUCGACGUCGACGGGCUUGGACAUAGGCAGACGUGGGACUAUGGGACGAAGAUAUAAAAUGUCUAAACGCCUUCGCCCUCAAGCCCACAGACAUUGUCAUUCUCCUUCUUUAUUACGUUGUUGGCGCUGUGGUCAACUUACCCGAUUAGGCUCCAGCGCACGCAGGCGUGCACCGUUUCCCGUCCCAAGCAGCCAUUCGCAGAAAUAUUGAGAACGACAAACUGUACUCAAGGUCCCGGCAGAAAUACCUCUCGUCAUGCACAGACUUCAAGUCGCAUCUACUACACUGCGACGCCACCCUCCUGUUGCUGCAUCUCAUCCCGAACACGGCUAAAUCCACCCACGCUCCAAGAAUCUCGUCGGAAUCUCGACAUGUCUGCUCCUCAAAUACUCACCAAUACCCUUACCCAGGCCGUCUAUUCUGUCCGACGAAGCAAUCCCUCCCGAGAGAUUAUCAAGCACACGACUGUUCGAUCUAUCAGCUCAACUCUUCACCAAACGAAAGACUGGACUUACAAGUGCACGGCCAGAAUAUUUGGAAACUCGACCCUCUCGACCCUUCGAUCGGGAUCAGCCUUCAACCAAUCCCGCCCAAACAAGCUCUUCAAUUUCUCGACAGACAAGAGCGUUUUCAGCCACGGAUACUCAUCCUCAUGCCGUACAAAGAACCCAAUAUUCGAAUUAUCGGCCUUAUCCCCUGAGCGCGCAUGCACAACACUUCCCAGCGGCGCUGUUGUCGUUGCGCCCAGACUCGCAAGAUCGACUGGGUCACUUGUCUCAUAGCUGGGCCGUUGUGCAGGGUACUCCGCCGUCCGUGUGGGUGAAGGUAUAUCCAUGACCUUUCCAUUGCCCACGUCGACGCUGAGUUCAAUCGCAGACAGCGGGAUCGUCGCGGGAAAGAUCUCCAUGAACGGCUUCGGAUCCAUCGUGCGGAAGUCCAAGUUCAUGUGGUACCCUGGAUAACUCUGCAUUCUUAAUGCAUAAAUAGGAAUCUUAAAAUGUUUGGCGUCAAUGUCCUCUUUCCGCCGUGCUUGCGCGAACACUCGAAGUUGGACAGUCCCGGCUUGCUGUGAAUCUGGAUUCUCGACUUCACUGCCGUACUGCUCGAUGCUAAGCUUGGUGAAUUUGUGGUUUCGGAAAAUGUGCUUGAGUUGGUUUCGCAUCAUAGUUGCUUUGGCAUCGACAUCGAGCCCAUUGAUGAAAAAGGUCGCUUCGGCUUGGAACCCGCCUGGCGCGGCGAACAUGGCUUUCGUGCUUGGUGGAGGUGGGAGACCCUUCACACCGGAUACCCGGACGCGGUCAACUGUGCCUGGUUCGGCCUCGAUGCGAAUUUGUGAUAGGUCUGCGACAACAUCUGGGUUCAGAUACAGAUGACCUUGCAAUUCAUAAAGAGUUUGUGCUUUGACGGUCUCGGGCGUAACAUGCCCGCCACCGGUCGUGGUCUUGGUGAUCACGCACCGUCCUUCGGCGUCGAUUUCAGCAAUGGGGAAUGCAACGUCGACCAAUUCCGGCAGAAAGUCUUUGAACCCGGAGAAAUUGGCGCCGACGAUGUAUGCGCCGCAUUCGAUAAGGUGGCCUGCCAAAAGAGAGCCGGCGAGAUGGUCAAAAUGACUGGGUGAGUCAAGUGGCCAGCCGAAGUGCCAUGCAGCGGCGCCCAUGACGGGCGAGGCAUCGGUCACGCGGCCGCAGAUGACGAUUUGGGCACCGGCGUUGAGGGCCUCGACAAUGCCCCGACAGCCAAUGUACGCGUUGCCGCAGAAGGGUGUGAGGUCCCAAUCGCCUAGACUGCGGUCGGUGUGGUCCAGAUGUGGGAAGGAGAGGUUCAGUGAUUGGCGCCGGGCUGGAUCGCGCAGGAGAUGGGAAAUGUCGUCACCCAGGACGGCGGCGACAAUGGUGUUGUGGUACCCUCGAGACGCGCAUAGGUCGCGGACUUUAGCAGUGAGGGAGGCCGUGUUGAGCGCGCCGGCGUUGGUGAUGACUUUCAUGCCCUUUUGUAUGAUGGUGUCGAGGUUUUCGGACAGCUGGGUGAAGAAGCCUUCUUCGUAACCCAGGUCUGGGUUGGAGGAUUUGGUGAUGGCGUUCCAGGCGAUGUUCAUCUCGGAUAGCCAGUCGCCGGUGAUGAUGUCGAUGUUGGGCUCGGCAACCAUGCGGGCCAUUGCGGUUGGCAUGUCGCCAGUCGCCCCAGAGACAUUGCCUACACGCAAGGGGCGUCUGGAUAUCAUGGUGACUUAUUGUCGGUUUUGAGGUCGGGAAUUGAGUGAUUGUGGUUGCUGGUUUGACUGCUUCGAACUUCCAAACUCUCCCGGUUGUUGGUCGUCUUCCGAGCAAAGGGUGGUUUUAGUAGGAUUGGUACCAAAUAUUGUUGGGCAAGUUUGCGGCGUUGACGAAGACCAACACUUAUUUCAGGUACUGUGUAGGUAGAAAGAUGUCGGCUUGAAAUACACCCAAGG